CAGCUCGUUAGGCAUACUGUUUGAUUGAGGGGCAAACCCAGUGUGAAAAGUUGGGAGAUCAGGAAAGGCUCUCUAGUACCCGCGACUUCCACGGAUCGAAUCGAAUCUCCACCGCAAGCUCGGGUAUCUGGAAAUCUAAAACUAUAGAUUACACGGCAACUCUCGUAGCGUGCCUACCCCUGCCGAUGCGAGCACGCCAUCAUGGACUCCUCUGAUUUGACCCAACCCACCACCAAAAGCGUCAGCUCCUCUCCCACGCAUCGAUCUUCAUCCCCCCAUCCUUCUAAUAGUCAACCGAGACGCAUGUCUCCCUUAACUGCGCGGGAUCAACCCAAUGUGGCGCCUGACCAGGGCCAGCCACCACCAUUCAAUGAAAUUACUCCGAUCGUGAGCAACGGCUCUACUAGACAGAACUAUCAAUCCACAGAGGGUUUGAGGAAUCGAGACUCUGGGUUCGGAGAUAGUCAGCCGAAAAGCUCUGGCCAACGGAACACAAGGGAAGCCGACCAGCAAAACUGGCAAUCCGAUUCGACAGAACCCCAUGUAUCGUGGUUCAGUCGAAUCGCCGAUAGAUACGGCAGUCUGGAGUUGGAGAACAAGGGGAGUGUGGCUCGCGAUCAUCUGGCAUUAGAGCGAACAUUUCUCGCAUGGUUAAGGACAUCCUUAGCUUUUGCAUCCAUCGGAAUCGCCAUAACACAACUUUUUCGCUUGAACAGUUCAAGUUCAAGCACAUCGGGUGUAGACUACUCGUCGCAAGCCCUUCCCCCAUUGUUAUCACCACCGUUCUAUGAUCCCACGACCAUUAGGGUGACUGCCACUUCCGAACGUCUUCGGAGUAUCGGUAAACCCCUCGGGACAACUUUCAUUGGUGUCUCUCUUGUUAUUCUGCUGAUUGGAUUCCAUCGCUACUUUGAAAGCCAGUACUGGAUCAUUAGAGGGAAGUUCCCCGCUAGUCGCGGCAGUGUAGCGAUAAUUGCGUUUGUAGCCGCUGCUUUGAUCAUAGCCGCUUUAGUCGUCAUAUUGGCCAUCUCACCGGGCUCUGUUGAAGCUUAGUUUAGCGAGGCUGGCGCUGCUACUCUUUACUCUCUUCAUUCUCCACUGGCUGACCAUCGAUGACUUCUCACCAUUUCAGCUCUUAUUCUGGUGUAAAUGGAGGACCUUCGGAACACUUCUGUGAUCGACGUUUGUAACCCACGAAGACAGUCUCAUGUAGAUACGUGUAUUAGUGAAUAUAUAAUGUAAAGUGCCUCUUCGCGCGUGAAAGAGUUAGUCAACUGUUGUAUGGUUGCUCUGAAUGUCAGGAUACGAGUCCAAACUAUGGAAGCCAUAACAGAUUGAAUGAAGCACGUCAUGUAUGAUAUCUGUCAACUCAUUUGCCAGCGCAUUGUUUAUCCCAGGGGUGACAAAGCAAGAAU